CUCCUCCGCCCGCGAGUCCCGGUCUCCCUCCCUCCCCUCCUCAACCCCCCGCUGCUGAGGACUGGCUGCACAUUCCUCACCCUCCGGAUCUCCGUAGGACAGAAGCGCGGCGGCGGAACCAAACGCGCCGAGGACCCGACGGAUUUAUUCGGCACAUGAUACUUUCCAAGGGUCAAUGUUGGGUCGAGGUGUGAAGCGGAAGUGGAGCUGCCUGGAGGAGCUGGAGGCAGAUGAGCUCCCUAAUGCUCUAGUGAUGGAGGAGAAAAAGCAGAACGGGGAAGAGGACAAAGAACAACGGUCAAGCAUGAGCCACCUGCAGCAGCGCCAGCUGGUGUUCAGCCUCUGCUUGCAGAAGCUGCAGCACUACCAGGCCGGCAUGGAGCUCAGCCUGCAUCGCUCUGUGCUACUCAUCAACACCCUCAGGCAGAUUCAGGAGGAAAUGCGGAGCGACGGGAGCGACGUACGGCUCCACGGCGUAAACCCUGAUGCAUGUCUUCUCAGGGGUGAUUUCGAGUCGGUAACGUGUCCAGGGUGUGCAGAGGGAGAUGGAGAAAGCCUGUCUCUAUCCGCAGACAUGCCCUCUCAGGAGGCAAACGGCUCCACAGACCUGCAGAAAUCUCCCCCCAACACUGCCAGUAACACGUUUAGUGAUGCAGGAAAUACCAUGGGCUACCUAAGUGACCUUCCCCUGGACGAUAUCUUUGAGGACAUUGACACAUCCAUGUAUGAGACUUCAGAUCUGCCUUCUGCUUGGGGAGCUGCUGGCUCUUUGUGGCCGGUCAGUGUGUCAUUUUGGCCCGAUGAGGACAUUAAGUCACGUUCCUCAGCAGGAAGCCUCCAGUCGUGUCUGCUGGACCUGAAUGAACUGGACCACAUCAUGGAGAUUCUAGUAAAGUCCUGAUCUCUAGGAAUAAAAACUGGACAGUGACUGCAGCUGGUUGAUCAGGAGUACAAGGAAGCCUGUCUGAAUAAGGCCGACUGGUAAACCAUGACAUCAUGCUGGAUGUUUCAUGCUCCAUGUGACCACCACAGAACAUGUGCAGACAUGAAGAUGAAUAGCGCCCUAAUAUUAUUACUUUUUCCUCUUUAACAAAAAACUGAAUAUGCACUUAAACAUGUGCCUCAAGGUAGACAAAAAUAUUUAUUAAAAUCUAAUUUAUAAAUAAAUAUAUAGAUGUAAUCACCUAGAGUUCCAACAGCAGUCGAUAAUAUUGCUUUCAGCGAUGUUCCUUUUUGUUUUGCAUGAUGGGAAUUAUUUCUCAAAGAUCUAAACAGGUUUCCUCAUGUGGAGGAAAACUGCAGUUGCCUUCUUUUUAGCCAACAGUGUUAAGAAACCAGCAGCUUUAAAAGAACAUUAAAUCAAACGAAUGUUAGGAUCUAAAACAUUUUAGAAUUUUAAAGUUAGUAUCUGGUACACACUAACCAAGAGGUAAAAAUAAACCACAUAUAUUUUUAAAUGUUUACAGAGAUGGUUUUAAUUUAUCACACAACAGAUGAACAUAUUUAAAGAUGAAUUUAUCCGUAAAGUGAUACUUUAUGUAGCAAGCAGAAAAUAUGUUCAGAAGGUCUGAAUGACCCAUGAGGCUUUUAGAAUUGAAUCAAAAUCUUUGUCUUCAACACAGAUUGUUUAGCAGAGAUCAUGCCAGGUUCAUGUUCCCUCAGUAUUGUAACAUUUUUACCUUCAAUCUAUCUUCUGGUCAACCUCUUUGCAUGAAAAGAUGGCUAUGGAAGAAGGAACCUGAGCUGCCAUGAAGGGUGCGUCACUCAGUCCUGGUUGAUAAUUAAUUAAAGUCCCUUCGGUUUCUUCAGAGACCAGACUUCCACCUGCCAAGAGGGCAAAGACCUCGGUUUCUCUUUAGUAACGGGACAAUAAGUUAUUUUUACGGAGUACCAAAAGUGCCAAAAUAUAGUUUAAAAUAAAAUCAUUCAUGUUUGUAUAUACAUCGAGUUAACUAUUUAAUUAGAAAGAAAAUUCUUCUAAAUAGAUGCAUUUGUAUAAAAAUAUAUUAAAUAUAUAAUUUAAAUACUUAUUUAAUUCAUGAAUUAAAAGACUUGGUAGUCUUUUAUUUAUAUAUAUUGUCUUUGUUUACUGUUUUCAUCUAUGCUGUAAUUCACCAAAUAGUUAAAUAAUUGAAUCUAUACUCAUCAUCAAAUUAAACUUUAUUUUUAAUCAUGCCCAAUGCCUGAAAAGAUUAAGGUUGACAGAUACAACUGAAUAAAAAAUAAUUCUAUUAAUUGAAUAUUUAAUAAAUUAUUUGAUUAAUUCAGAUUUUAAUUAGUGAUUUAUUUAUUUAUCUAAUUUGGACACUUUUGAACCUCAAUUUUUCCACAUCAACCAGGGCCUUUUAACAAAGAUGAACUGUGUUGUUGAGUAUUUUACUUAUGUCCUGUGGUUAAACGAAGAGCAGAUGCUUUGCCUCCAAUUUAUGGAUGAUUUUUAUUUUUUUUUUAAAGCAAACAGGAACUUCUGUGUUGUAUAUAAAGGGUAAAUCUAUGUACUUGUUAGAAUGUUUUAAACUAAAGUUUUUAUGUAUGAUUGAUAAACCGGCCUCAAACUGCAAUACAUGUGAGAGUUUAUAGUGAGUUUAACUUAUAAUGUUUAUUUUAUCAUUUUUUUGUCGGUAUGUUUUGAUAGAAUGGCUGCUGUUGACACAAAUGCACCGUUUGUGACGUCAAAGAGGAAUCGACAGCUUACCGUUGUUGUGGCAGCUCGUGUCUUUCAUAAAUCCAGCUUUACAUGAAAGAAGCGCAAAAACAUGUACCUUUUUUUUUUUUUUUUUUAAAGAGAUAAAUGUAAUCCCAGCUGUGGCUGACAAAAGGAAACUUUGCCAUGUCCUAAAAUUGUAAAUGACAGCAUAUGCCUAUGUACUUUUAAGGCCCUGAUGGUUUGCUCUUUUGGUAUUCCUGUGCUGGGAUGGGUUUCUAAAAGGUUUUGCAGUCGUUUCUACCUGCAGCUGCAAUUAUUUUCGAUCUAGGGAGCGAAUCAUGAGCUUAACCCUCACUGUUUGGGGUUUUACUCCUUCUCUACCUCGUGUUUGUUGCUAGUUUACCUGGACACUCCUGCUUUACAUGUGCUUUACUCCCAGAGCCAUACGCCGUUAGGCACGGACUUUGUUGAACUCAGCUCUUUGCUCUCCGACCAAAGUAAUCCGCCUCCAUCUCGUGUGGAAAAUGUGCCUUACUACUGAACUGAGCAUGUUAUUUGUGCAAAGCUUUUUGUGGCUGUCUUCUGCUUCACUGUGGAGAAACCUGAGAUGGGCUGUGAGUUGUUAUGUAAAGCACUCAAAAGCAAGGACUUUUUUUCUUCUCACUCCUUGGCCAUUUUCUGCACUCGCUGGAUACUACAGGCAUAUGAGCUUAAUGCAUCCUGACAUGCUGAUAGAGGACUAGCUGAGAGAGGAGGUGGUACUGAGGGCUGGGAGGGAAAAAAACAAGAGGGGGAGGAGGUAGGGAGGAAGCAGUUUACGUCACUGGCUCAUUAGGAGGAGUUUGAAGCUUGUUUUGCUCAGACUCUGACCAAUGACCAAUCACAUGAGAUGUGUGGCUCUGUACAGGCAUACAGUGGGCAUCACUGUAGCCUGUGAAAAUAGUCUUUCUGCUUUCUUAACUUAUCAUAAUGAACACAAAAUAUCAGGCAGUAGUUCUAUCAUUAUUUAUGAUGGACUCUGAGUACAUGAUGUCACAAGAAUCUGUAAAGAGCAAGCUGUAUUUUCAUGUUGAUCAUGUAAAUGUAACUGAAGGAAGUAUUUUGGCUCUACAAUAUAAUCCUUUAUGUAUUUUU